AUGAUAAGCAAUCAAGAUUUAGACAAUUUCAUUAAAUGGAGCAAGGAAAAUGGUGCUGUAAUCGAUGAAAGGAUUGAUUUCAGAGUAACCAAAUCUACAGGUAUCAGUUGUUUUUCCAACAGUAUUAUAAGCAAACAAGAAGAUUCUCUAAUUAGUGUGCCAUCUGAUUUAAUUAUCAAUAGGAAAUUAGCAGAGAAAUAUAUGGGUGUAACUUCAAAAGACCUUAAGUUAUCUACAAAAAAUCCUAAUUCCUUAACCAUACUUUUCUUUUCAAGUUUAAAAUUUAAUGGUAGUUUUGGUAACGGAAUAAGAAAUAAAUUCCUUCCAUACUUAAAUAUUAUACCAAUUGAGUUAGACCAACCGUAUUUUUGGGAUCCUAAAAUAAUUGAGGUGAUAGAAGGCACUGAUCUAUUCCUAAUCAUGAAAAAUAACUUGAUUGAAAUAUUUAAUGAAUGGGAAGAAUUGAUGGAUAAAUUAGAGUUGUCAACAGAUGAUCCAAUACUAGGUAGUUCCAUAAAUGAAAAAAUAUUGUUUGAAUACGUUUGGAAUUUCAGAAAUCACGGAAACAAUGAAAUUCAAUGGAAUAGCUUUUACGCAUAUUUAUGGGCCUCUUGUAUAUUUAGUUCAAGGGCUUUUCCAGAAUUAAUAAUUGAUACAGAUACCUCAAGUGAUAUCAACACAGCAUUUUUAUUCCCAGUAGUCGAUCUAUUGAAUCAUAAGAAUGACACUAACGUUAGAUGGAAUUAUCGUGAUGGCAACAUAAGUUUCAAUGCUUUAGAUACCAUCAGAGAAAAUGAAGAAGUGUUUAAUAAUUAUGGAGAUAAAACAAACGAAGAAUUAUUACUAAGCUACGGAUUUGCGUAUGAAAAUAAUGUCCAUGAUACGUCUAGGUUGACUUUAAGAUUGGAUCCAACAUUAAUCGCCAGUGCACUUGGCGAUAGGGUAAAGCUAUCCAAAAGGGAAUAUCCUAAACCUGAUACUGUUGAAUUUGAGUUGAGUAUGAAUGUUGAUAUACCAAAUAACCUUAUUAACUUCUUUGGUUAUUUAUGCAAACUACAGUCAGAAAAAACUACCACAAUUAGAAGCAUUCUUGAAGGUUGUGAUCAAUUGCUUUCAAUUUUUAAUCAAAAACUUAUUAUGUUCAAGGGGUUACUAAAAUUUGAUCAAUCAAAGCUAAAUAAUUACAAUACUUCUACAUUAAAACAAGUAAAGAUAUAUUUGACUUCUCAAAGACGAAUUUUUAACUUUAAUAUCGAGUCGUUACAAAAAUUGCAGAAGAAAAUUUUAAAGUCAUCAGAAGAAAAUAUAUCUUUUAAAAGUAUUUUUAAAAGUGAUAAAACUUUUGCUAAUUCAAUGCUGAUAAACAGAGGAAUUAUUAAUUAUGAAGAUUUAGUUAAAAAAGAUGCUAUAAGAGAGGCAUUGCUAUUAUGGGUAGUCAGAAUCUCUAAUCAUGAAGCGUAUCCUAAAAAAUUUGACUUUUCAUUCCCGAAAUUUAUUAUUGACAUGUUUCUAGAGAUCAGUGAAAAUAAAAUAAUUGAAAAGGAGGAUGUUGAAGAAUUUAUACCUUAUUACAAAGAAUUAUUUCCUAAGUUAUCAGAAAAGAUUCCUGAAGUAUAUAAUAUAGGGAAAUGGGGUAUUAGACAAUUCAUAAUAGCUGACACUGUUUUAGAUAGAUUAACUUGGAUAAAAAUUCCUCCAAAUGAAUCAUUCUUUAUCAAAAGACAAGAAUUUAAGCUAUAG